UGCAUUUGUUGCCUGCGAUUCAGCUCAUCACUGUGUCAUCAAGAAAUCAUCUGAAGACAAAGACAAACACUGUCGACGGAAAAUGUUCGGAGGUCAAGAUGACACCAAACACCCCUCUGGCUACAACCUGGACCUGGACUCCCAUGGGGGUUUAGACAAGGACCAGAGGCCUGGAGGCAGCUGUGAUAGAGGGGGUCGCCAUGAAAACAUAGAUUAUGGUGGAGACCGCCAUGGAGAUGAUGACAAGGACCGCCACGAAGGAGAUCGACAUGGAGACAAGCACCAUAGUGGAGACCGCCAUGGAGAUGAUGACAAGGACCGCCACGAAGGAGAUCGACAUGGAGACAAGCACCAUAGUGGAGACCGCCAUGGAGAUGAUGACAAGGACCGCCACGAAGGAGGUCAGCAUGGAGACAAGCGCCAAGGUAGAGACCACCAUGGAGAUGAUGGCAAGGACUGCCAGAGGAAAAAAAGCCCUGACUGUGAUCAGGUUCGACACAGGCGGAGACGCAGUGAAGAACGUGGACACGGCCAUCGUCGUGGCAGCGGCAGCGGCAGCGGCAGUGGCAGCAGCAGCGGCAGUGGCAGUGGCAGCGGCAGCGGCAGUGAUGAUGGCCAUCCUGGAAAACAUCACAAACACGAGAAAAAGCAUGGCCGCAAGUAUAGCCAUGGCCAUGGCCACAAGCAUGGCCAUGGCCACGGGGGCGGGCGCGGGCACGGGCACGGACACUGAAACAGGGAGAGAGGCCGCCGACACACGGACCACCAGACGUCCUGUGAAGCUCUACCUGCAUUAUAUUUCUGCACGUAUAUGAAAUAAUACAAAGACAUACACUGAUGAUAGUCUGUUAUACAUGUGUGUAUGUUAUGUGGAGGUUAGAA